AUGAUUGACAACCGUGACGCCGUAAUUCAUGAAAUUCAUGAUAAAAAAGGCUUGAUGGAGAACGACAGUUCCUUGCACGAUAUAUCUGCGAACGAGGAGUACAUCCUUGACAGGGCCGAUAUCAGAAUAAUUUUUAUUACACUGUACACCGUCGUCUUCGUUUCCUGCUUCCUCGGUAACUUAAUGGUGAUCUUUGUGGUAACAUUUUCACGACGACUGCGCAGCAUCACCAACUUCUUUUUGGCAAACUUGGCAGUCGCCGACUUCUGCGUCGGUAUAUUUUGCGUGUAUCAGACGUUGACGAAUUACUUGAUGAACAGCUGGCCACUCGGUGAUACCCUUUGCAAAGUGUACAUGUUCGUUCACGCGCUUUCCUACACAGCCAGCGUUUUAAUUCUUAUGGUGGUUUGCAUCGAACGAUACUUGGCUAUCGUUUAUCCGAUCAAGUGCAGAUCCGUGCUGACGAGAAGCCGAUUACAAAUGGUAAUAGGGAUAGUUUGGAUCGUUGCCGCGAUCUAUGCUCUACCGAGAUUCUUCUACGUCGAGACCAUGGAGAAUCGUUUAAUCACCGGCGACGUGGACGUCAUUUGCAUAGCCAAUAUGCAGAAGCACAACAAAACUUUGCUGGACGCGGUGAACCUCGUCUUUCUUUACUUACUUCCGCUACUGCUCAUGUCUUGCCUCUAUUCGAGAAUUGCCGUCGGAUUACGAAGAAGCGGCACCACCCUCGACCGAUCAGGCUUGGCGAAGACUAAAAGCAAAAAUAACAGCCUUCAUCGUGUCCACAAUUCCAGUAGGAACGUGCUUCGCGCCCGACGCGGUGUAAUAAGAAUGCUGAUCGCAGUAGUGAUGAUGUUUGCCGUAUGCAAUCUGCCGCAACAAGCACGAAUCGCCUGGCGUCAUUGGAGCUCCAGUUAUGAUCGAUCAUCGAAUUUCACCACUGUUCUCACCUUGUUCACUUUUCUAAUUUCCUACGCAAACUCCUGUCUAAACCCUUUCCUCUACGCUUUCCUUUCGCGUAACUUUCAGAAAGGUAUGAGCGAGCUGCUCAGCUGCAGAAAAACGAGAAACCGGAGCAGUGUUUUAGUCAUGGGACGCACGGCUGCAGAGACAGCGACGCGACAGGAAAACAGCGGAGGGAACGCGAACCAUUUCCGACAGAAUCUACUCUCGUUUCAUUCCGAUCGAGACAGCUCUGUCGCACUACCGCCGAGUACAGAGCAAACUAUUUACGAGAAAAACUAG